UCCAAAGUAUUGAAUUGCUCUAAUUGUAUAAGAAGAAAAAAAAUCCUACUCCUCUUCCUACCCCUCUCUCUCCUUUUCCAAGCGCACUUGACGUUCUUCAUUGAGGCGCCUUCUAAUACUUGUAUCCCCCAUUGAAGCAGAUUCUAAGAUAUCAAUUAAAUGGCUUCCUCAGAUGAAGAGAUAACUAGAUUAUACAGAAUUCAGAGGACAAUAAUGCAAAUGUUGAAUGACAGAGGUUAUAUUGUGGCUGAUCAUGAGCUCAACAUGUCAAAGCAGCAGUUCAUUAGUAGAUAUGGUGAGUUUUUGAAGAGGGAUGCUCUUUCUAUCCAAAAAAGCAAACGAAAUGAUAGCUCUGACCAGAUAUAUGUUUUCUUCCCUGAGGAGCCUAAGGUUGGUGUUAAAACAAUAAAGAAUUACGCCAAUAUUAUGAAAAAUGAAAAUGUUCCGAGAGCAAUUCUGGUGGUCCAACAGAACCUGACUCCUUUUGCCAAGACUUGCAUAAGUGAAAUGUCUUCAAAAUUCCACCUGGAGGUUUUUCAGGAGGCAGAGAUGUUGGUUAAUAUCAAGGAGCAUGUUCUUGUUCCUGAGCAUCAAUUGCUAAAUGAUGAAGAAAAGAAGACCCUGCUCCAAAGGUAUACAGUCAAGGAAACUCAGCUACCAAGAAUUCAGAUGAAUGAUCCAGUUGCAAGAUAUUAUGGACUUAAGCGUGGACAAGUUGUGAAGAUUAUUCGCCCUAGUGAAACAGCCGGAAGAUAUGUCACAUAUCGAUACGUUGUAUGAUUUAUGCCGUCUCACAAACAUAUUCCAGACUCUACCAAGAUUGGUAUCUGUAGUAACAGUAGUAAUUGAGGAGAACUUUACCAUUUAAGUCCAUGGUAUGGUUGAGUUUGUCAUCCUACAGUACAAGUGUCCAGAAGGUUUAUUUCCUUUUGCAAUGAUCUGCCAGGUGAAAGUUAUACUAGCAUGUUAUUAGUUAAAAAAUAGUAACAGCUCCUCCUAAAACUUAGCUUUGUGUAAUCCAUCGAAUUUUAGCUCUGAUUGUUUACUUGCUGUUAAUUCAUAUUGUGGCACCUGCAAUAUACCGUAUGUAUCAGUGCCAAAAGAAAAUGUUCAACACUUUUUAUUCACAAUGGUGUACCCUUCCUUUUGACGAACAAAAGCCAAAAGAUGGUCUCACUCUGAUGAAUAAAAUAGGCUCAACUUUUUAAGGCCUUAUUUAA